UCACGCGCGGUCCCGGGGUGCCCGCGGCGGUGGCCGCAGCCCGGCCGCGUGACCCGCGCGCGCCAAUGGCCCGGCGGUCUCCGGGGCGACGCGGAGGGUCCGCGCUCCGCCGCCCCCGCGCCCCCGCCCCGAGUCCGCACUGCAGAGAGUGGCGGCGAGCAGGCGCCGGCGCGCGGGCCCACGUGCCGCGCGGAGAGAGGGACCGCGAGAGGAAGCGGGAGAGCCGCGCGAGAGAGCCGGGGAAAGAGGCGAGCACGACCGGGCCGCUGCUCCGCGCAGCCCCUGCGCCCCUCCUGCUGGGACCUCCGCCGGGAAGGACCCCGACCCAGAGGAAGGCUUGUGGAGACCUGGGCCGUUCUCUCCGAGUCCUAGCCGCCCUCCACCCCACCCCCCGCCUCAUUCUUUCCUCCCUCCCAGUAGCACCCUCCCCGGUCUGCGUCGGGAACGGUUUCCUGCCCGUAGUAUUAGCCCCGCGCCGGCAGAAAUUGCGCGCGAUGGCGGUGACGUUGCUGCAGGACUGGUGCAGGUGGAUGGGCGUCAGCGCUCGCAGGGGCCUGCUCAUUCUGGGAAUCCCGGAGAACUGUGAUGAAGCCGAACUCCACGAGUCCCUGGAGGCCGCCCUGUGGCCCUUGGGCCACUUCACCGUGCUGGGCAAAGUGUUUCGAGAGGAGGAUAACGCCAGUGCGGCCCUGGUCGAGCUUGACCGGGAAGUCAACUAUGCUUUGGUCCCCAGGGCAAUCGCGGGCACCGGGGGUCCUUGGAACGUGGUCUUUGUGCCCCGUUACUCAGGCGAGGAGUUUCUCAGUCGCGUGUUCCACUUCCUGGAGCAACAGGGGCAGAUGGUGGAGACCAUGGCUGGGGUCCUGGGGCUGGGACUGCACAGGGUGUGCUGGCUCCGAUCGGUCACUCAGGCCAUCCAGCCCUUGGUGGAGACCCUGCGGUAUGAGCGCCUGGGCGUGUUUUCCGGGAGGGAUCCACUUGCCCCGGGGGAGGAGCCCUUUGAGGCCUGGCUCGACCAUGCCUCCGACAUGCUACAGGUGUGGCAGAAUGUCUCAGAAAGGGAGAAGAGGCGGCGGCUGAUGGAAGGCCUUCGAGGGACGGCCCUGCAGCUCAUGCAUGAGCUCCUGGCGGACAACCCUGCCAGGACGGCGGAGGACUGCCUGGCGGCCCUGACCCAGGUGUUUGGAGACAACGCGACCCAGAGGACCAUCCGGAUGAGGUGUCUGACCGCUCACCAGCAGCCGGGCGAGGGGCUUUCCGCUUUCGUGUUGCGGCUGGAAGUCCUGCUGCAGAAAGGCAUUGAGAAGGGGGCCCUGGCCAGAGGCUCAGCUGACCUCCUGCGCCUGAGGCACAUGCUCACCAGGGCCAUCGUUCCUGAGCCUCUGGACGAGGUACUGAGGAAGCUGAGAAUGGCUGGGAGGUGUCCAAGUUUCCUAGAGAUGAUGGGGAUUGUUCGGGAGUCUGAGACAUGGGAGGCCAGUCUAGCCAGGAUCGAGGGAGCCCAGGCAGAGGAAGGGGCCGGUGCCCAGGCAGAGGAAGGGGCCGGUGCCCAGGCAGAGGAAGGGGCCGGUGCCCAGGCAGAGGAAGGGGCCGGUGCCCAGGCAGAGGAAGGGGCCGGUGCCCAGGCCAGGGCUAAGGCGGAGGAUGAUAAGAUGGAGGAGAGGCAGCUGGAGGAGCCAGAGUGGGAGGAGGAGGAGGACAGUGACGAUCGUGACACUCUCCCCGCAGACCUAGUUCAGGCAAGCCCCUCAGAGGCCCCUGGGGGCCCCACUCCUGCCCAGAUGGGCCAAGCUUCCAGGGCAGGCCCAGGAGGUCCUGGCUAUGAGCCAGAGGGCCUCCCCCAGGCCGGAGACCAGGAGGCCGGAGAGCCCCCCGAAGAGGGGCUCGAGCCCAUCCCAGAGGGAUCGGGAAACGUGGAUGGGGCUGGGGAGACGAUCCCCACCGAGUCCUCCUCAGGCUAAUAGGCUCAGAAGGCCCAGGGCCCCCCUCUCCUCUCAGGCAGCAGAGCUCUGGAGGCAGGGGGAGGCCAUGCCGGGGCAGCAGCCUCACCCCACAUGGGGGGCAGGGCCGAGGGAAGGCCCCACCCAGCCCAAGCCAAGACCCGAGGCACUCCACCACCCAUAAGGGGACCUCAACACCACCAUCAGCCCCUCCAAGUGACCAGGAUGACCACACUUGACACCACAUGGGGCGGGGAAAGGUGCCCCCCCCCCAACCCAUGGCAGCACCAUACCUGGCCCCAGCCCCAGUCCCAAUCCAUGCCAACUCAGGCAGCCAGUCUGGGAAGCACCCCUGAGUGGCUGACCCUAGCCUAGGUGAGGGGUACCCAGAGCCAUCUGCCACCUACACUGGACUGGGAGAUGUUAGGGACCGCCUCAAGGGUGCCAGCCUCUUGGGUUGCCCAAGAGGGAGACCCUCAUGUACAUCCCCCAGGGCACGUCGCUCCAUGUUCUGGGAAACCCACUUGUGUCUCUCUAGGGCCCUUAUGACCCACGUGUCACGUUACUCCCCCACCCCACUAGGUCCCGUUCCUGUGCAGAGCCUUGAGGUGUGCAGGAGCCCGCGGUGGGUGUCCUGGCCCACCGGGGCAGCCACCCCCCAGGCCGGGGGCCUGCCGUGAGCUUCGGUGGCGACCGGGGCUCCGCCUGCUCUCUCCCAGUGUUGUGAGCUCCACCGCUGCUUUCUCGGUGUAGAUUCAAGCCGGCCGCUGCUUGUUCUCGUGGAGAUGUGUGUGUGUGCUUCUCUGAGCAGCUGUCCCCAGCCCCAGCCCCGAGAUCCCCAGCCCAGUUCCAGGAGACGGCCGGAAGGAUGCCCGAGGGCACGGCUGCUGCUCGCCCCAUGACCUCGGGAAGGAGGAACCGACCAAGGACCGAGGUGGCCAGCGGGAGUCUCCACGGGAACCGUGCUCUGAUGUGCCACCCCGUUGUUUCUUGUGACUCCGUGUCCCGGGCUUGGCCGAGUGUCCCCUGCUGCGUUUUCCGCCAUCCUGGGACUGUCCUGUGCAGACCAUGGGGCGGGACCAGGCCCCAGCACGUCGGCCAGAGGGGAGGGUGCGUGCCCUGGGGUGAGGGGACGUGGCCAGCGUCCGUCGUCCUGGCCAGAGGUUGAUCGUGGGGGCCCCCAGGAGGGGAGACUGACGUGGGAGGGCCACGGUGUUGGGGGAAGCAGAGGCACCUCGUCUGGGACCCCAAGAGGAGGGGGAGGCCAUGACCCAUGGGCUCUAGUGGCCGUUAGAUGUUCCUCUCUCUGUUGUCAUUCCCUGUCUUCGAUGGUUUCAGUAAAUGUUUCUCUUCAAUAAAGUUCAUUGAAUAUGUCA